AUGUGUAGGGCCUUCCCCACCACGCUCAAGGGCCUCGCAAGGAUAUGGUUCAACAGGCUGACACCCAACUCCAUUUGUUCCUUCAAGGAGCUAAGUGCCCAAUUUGCAUCGCACUUCAUCGGGGGACACAAGUAUAAAAAUUCUACGGCAUGUCUGAUGAACAUAAAGCAGCGGGAAGACGAGAUGCUGAGGUCCUACAUAACUCGGUUCAACAAGGAAGCCCUCUCAAUUGAUGAAGCGAACGACAAAAUACUUGUAGCAGCAUUCACUAAUGGGUUACGGAAGGGUAAGUUCCUAUUUUCGUUAUACAAGAAUGACCCAAAGACCAUGUCGGAUGUGCUUUACAGGGCCACCAAAUAUAUGAACACAGAAGACGCACUACUGGCUCGUGAGGAAAAGCCCAGAAAAAGGGAACAGCAGGAGGACACAUAUCAGGUCUUAAUGCAGAUCAAAGACGAAGGAACUCUGACGUUCCCCAACAAGCUGAAGGGAGAUCCCAAUAAGAGGCCAAGGGACAAGUACUACCGCUUCCAUCGAGACCACGGGCACGACACAGCUAACUGCUACGAUCUGAAACAGCAGAUAGAGGCUUUUAUAAGACAAGGGAAGCUAUAG